AUGAUGAAUCAUGUUGUGGCGAAGGAUUAAAUUGAUUUCUUUGAGGAAAACAAAUAAAAUAUAUAGAUAAUGCAAAAAAUAGUGGAAUAGAAGUUAGAUUUAAAUGAUGGAGUGAGCAAUGAAAUAAAACAAUUAUUUGAAACAUUUUUAUAUGUUUCUAUUGAGUAAAUAACACAGGUAUGUUUAUUAAAAAAUGGAAAUUAUUAAUCUUCUUAAUUAGAUUAGGAUUAGAAUAAUUAUACAGUAGUAAAAUAUCUAUAUAAAACUAAUUUAUUAGAUAGAAAAAGGAUGCCUGACGAAGAUUUGACAAAAAUAAAAGGUUUUUUUUAAAAUAAUUUAUUUCCAAAAGAUGGAAAUAAAAUUACAAAUUAAAUAAUAGAAAUUUAAAAUUAUCAUGAAAAAAAAUAGUCAGGACUUAGAUUGACAGCAACUAAGAUGUACGAUGUAUGCUUAUAUGAAAAAUGGAAUUAAGAUGAUAAUUUUUUAAAUGAAGCAACAUAAUAUGGUUAAGAACAUGAAAAAGUUGCUUUAGAAAAAUAUGCUAGUUAGCAUCCAGAUAUUAAAUUGAAAUUUACAGAUGUUUUAAUAAAUUUAAAUUAUCCAUAUAUAUGUGGAAAACCUGAUGCAUUAAUUUAUGAUAAUCAUGAUAAUCUAAUAGGAAUAAUAGAAGUAAAAUCUCCUUUUUUGAAACAAGACCUUGAUUUAAAUGAAGAUGAAAAUUUUAGAUUAAAUUAUAUAGAGAUGAAUGAAGAUAAGGAAUAUAUUUUAAAAAAGAAUCAUUAGUAUUAUUAUUAAGUAUAAGUAUACUUAUUAAUAACAGAAUUACCUGGUUGUAUUUUUAUAGUUUCUACAAAAAAAGGAAAUAGAGAAAUUAUAGUUAAGAAAGAUGAGGCUUUGAUAAAAUAAAUAAAAAAGAAAGCAGAAUAUUUUUAUUUUACAUAGAUAUUGCCUAAUCAAUGUUAAUUAUAGAAGAAGAUUAUAGAAGAAGAGGAUUUGAUAAGAAUAAAAGAAAUAGAAAGAUUAGAUCGAAUAUGAA